AUGACGACGAUUUCCAGGAGGAACCGCGUAGAGAUCGACCUGACUGCUGUGCUAUGGAAGUUGCUAAGGGAUACAAAAAUUAUUAAAGAAAAACAUAAUAAAAUAUCAGAUGAUAUUAGAACAUCCAGAUAUAUGUUAGAACCGGUCCGUGUUAAUAAAAUACCGGUGUGCGUAUUAAACAAAAGUCAACUUGCAAAGACUGAAAUGAUGACUAGGGUAGUGAUAUCAAAUAUCAAUGAUUUAAGUAUCAUUAAGAUGACGUUGAUUAUUUACAAUUAUAAAAAAAAAAUUUACUGUAGACACCGGGAAGCGAACCUGGAAAUAUUCCUGUACAACAUUCACCCAUUCUUAAUGAAACGGAAGCUGGAGUACAGGAUAUUUGUCAUCGAACAAAGUGGUAAGGGCAUCUUUAUUAAAGGUCGACUGUAUAACGCGGUGUUCAUGGAAAUGCAAAUGUUUGGCACCUUUCAUUGUGUGGUGUUCCACGAUGUAGAUUUGCUGCCAACUGACUCCAGGAUCCUUUACAGCUGCCCAAACUUUAUAAGGCAUAUAUGUGGUAAAGUCAUCGACGCAUACACUAAUGUGUUUAUAAACAAUCUUUCGUUCGGCGGCGUGACCUCAAUGACUGUGGAGCAGUUCAAACAGGCAAACGGUUUCUCUAAUUUGUACUGGGGAUGGGGUGGGGAAGACUACGACAUGUUUUGGAGAAUGCGAUAUGCUGGUUUUCCAGUAGUAAGAUAUAGUAAUAAGAUAGCAAAGUUGUCGCACGCAAAAUAA